AUGAGCAAAAAGAAAAUUGACCAAUCUGAAGCCAACCAAUUAGAAGAAUCUCAAUCUCAAUUGGAAGCUUUAAAGCUUAAUGAUAAGGUUGAUGAAGCUGCAUUAAAAAAAGCAUUUCCAAAUUUUAAUGAUUAUGUACAAUUUGUAAGUAAUUUAAUAAAUUAUUAUGAAGCAAGAAAAUCUACGUUCAAUCGUAUUGAAAGAAUAAUUCUGAAAGAAAAAGAUCAUGAACAGUUUAAUGAGAUUCAAGAGUAG